AAAGGUGUAACUAGACGAGUGUUGGGCAAGUUACUCAGUAAGUGUAAUCAAUUACUUUUUACUUAAUACUCAUUUAAAUGAUCAUAAUAUGACUUUACUUACUUGGUAUCAAAAGUAAGUAAUAUCACUCAUUACUCAUUACUGAAAAGGACACCAGUCUGCUACAAUAUAACCAUAAUACAGACAUCAGCUUAUAACUCAAUAUUCUGGUUACCAGGGUGCAUCAUAGCCUCUUUUCCAACUAUGAGACCAGCUCAGUGACACCUGCUGAUCGACACUCACCUUCACCUAACAGUUUUGCACGUUGCGGUGCUGCACAUACAUGAACCAAACUAGAAGGUGCACGUGGAGAAGCCCACACAUUCCUCAGUGGCAUUUAUUAUUCAAAUUUCAACUGAGGGUGCGACAUUUUCAACUGUACAUGCUUUUGCACCCUGGGAGAGCCGGGUCUGUCCCUUCCUGUCUCUCAGAGCAUGAUCACACAAUGCGCCCGAGGCGAUAUUUGCCCAAAGAUGCAUACCGACCUGCCGUGUGUUCACAUCAUCGUAACACAAGCUUACCUGGCACAAAAAUGAAUAACUGUGUAUAUAUAAUUACUGUUUAGGAAAAUGUAAUCCCUUACACCCGUUACACUGGGGAGUGUAAUCAUGUUCCAGUAAUGCGUUACUGAGUAACACGUUUCUGCCCAACACUGAUCCAGACACAUUCGUACAUUUGAUUGCAAUAGAUGAAUACUGACUGUGUGAGAGAUUUUAUGUUGAUGAUGCCCCUUGUUAGAUUUGCACUCCUUGCUUGGUCAAAUGAAGCCAUUGAGGGAGAUUUAUUUAUCCAGUUAUGCUGCAUUUCCUUGAGAAGGUACGUGGAGCCUGUUAUGAGCACAGGCCUAAAUUUAAAACUUCGAUCUCCCAUGUUGUGAAUGUUUUGCCCCUGGCCCCGAAACUAACAUCAAACACAGAAAAAAAAAAAGACUCAUCUUUGUAUUUACAACGGUCCCUAAAAAGGAAUCGCAGCUAGAUGUCACUGCAGAGCAAUGUCCCCAAUGAAACGAGCAUACAUCUAUUUGUGGAACUGGUUGAUUUUACAUAUGACAGUAUCUGUUUUUCUAGCGCCUGUGAAGUUCAUCGCGUGGACUGGAUAUGACUCAGCAGGUUCUUUGAGCUAACAUGGAUUGAUAUAAGUACACAGAGAGUCGGACAUUUUAUCUCUCAGAGAUAAACGUCUGAAAAAACGAUAUGAGACAAAGUACCUUACUGCUGAAUGAAUGCCGAUGCCAUGAUGCUUUUAAACACAGGACGUCUACUCAAGUCUUCCCUUUACAGCAGCUUGUUGUUUCAUGAGUGUUAUAGACUUUUAACUGAACACAUACAGAUCUGAGGGGAAAAUGCCACAGUAUGCGUUUAGUAUGCACUGCUAGUAAUGUUUCUACUCGUCCUGUGUUAAUAUAGUGACCCUUUUUAAAGGGUGAUUCAGACAGUACGAGGCUGUUGUCCCAAAGUUGAAUGUGUUGUCUCCCGAGCAGUGAGCUAGGGACAUCUGGGUCCUCUGGAAUAAUAAUAGAAACAGAAAUAGUUUGCUGCAGGGUUUCGCUUGGAAUUUCCUCAAGGUGGGUCUCGAUGGGUGGAAAGGAUUGAAAUGAUUUGAAGAUGGGGAACGCAGUGUUGCAGAGUUUUACCCAAACCAUGUAAAUGUAAGCAACCAGCUGCAGCUCCAGUGUCAAUUUAGAGUAAUUCAAUCCACAAGUUUGUCACCUUGACUGCAAUCACCAACACCUUGCCUUGAGGACUGGGCUCAUGUCAAAAACGAGGCCGGUGACCAUUUUGGAUCUUGACCCGUACAUUAAGAAAGAACGUUAAGCAGUAUUUCAAAUAAUAAUUUGACUCCAGUCUGCACUGAAGAGACAAACGUGAAGCACCUAAAGUUAACUUUUUUAAAAAGCACUUUGUCCACUUGUAUGCACAGUGGACUGAAUCCUGAUUUGGCACCUUAAUCUCUUAUUAAACCAUAAAAUGGCUCUGAGAGACCAACUCUGUUUUGUAUACAAACUGCACCAGUGUUUUGCCUUUUUUUAAAUCCCUGAUGUGUUUUCAGGAGGACAAAUCAAUUUAUCCACUUUUCUAAUACCAUGUGUUGUUUCAUAUUUGGAUGUUUAUGAGGCUCAAAAAACUACUAAAACAAUCACCCACCACUUUCUUUUGCUAUAUUGCACAAUUUGAGCACCAUCUUUAAGCUUCUAUCCAUUAGAAAAUGCACACAUGUUAUAUUUGCCAUCAUGUUUUGUAUUUUUGCUUUAAACCAUUUGAAUUGUUUCCCAUCUCUCCUUCUCUGCUCCCAAAUAGCCCCGUCUGAUUCUUUCCCCCCUCUUGCUUAAUGAAUGCCUAGACCUAUGAUGUGCACUUCCCGAGAUAUGUUUCUGUAAAUGUAAGCGGUGUCCUGUUGGUUCUCUGUCUCAUUAAAUUGUCUACAAAACAGGCAGACAGACAGGGCUGCACGAACAUCUUCAAAAGACUGAAACUGCACAGCAAAUUAAAACAGACGUUCUUGGAAAAUUCGCUUUCUCUCGUGGAAGGAGUUGUUAUGAUGCGUGAAGAAACGGCGCAGCGUUCCCUCUGUGGUGGGAAAGUCUACCAAAUAACGAUCCUCUUUCUAACUGUUCUCCUGGCGCUUCACUGCAUCAACUUGACAGGACAAUAGACAGAAAACUGUCUCGACCACAGUUCUUCAGAGACUCUGAUGAAGCUUUGCAGAUAAACCUAUGUGCCUACAUGGCUUGUACACUUGUUGGAACAGAAUGUCACCAAUUCCUGACAGAAGAUGAGAGAGAAUUUGUGAACGCUCACACAUACUGUUUGUGGGAUUUGUAAAGGGAGGCUUGUUCAAACUUAAGUUUUGAUGCAUGACCGAGCUCUGCUUCCUGCUGGCGCUGAAAGAUGCCUCGAUACUCUGGAGUUGACUUUGGAAACAUCAGUUGUAAGUCCUUAAACCGAUACCUUGGUGUUUCCGAAAUGUAUUGUAGUAUUUCCCCGAGCACUCGUCACACUACAUGCCGGCACCUUUUAGCUGUCCAACAAGCAUUCACCUGUGAAAGCGGUGUGUUGUCUGCUAGCCGUAGAUAGCUGCGAUAGCUAGUUUACAGCAACAGCAGGAGAGCUGGAACCUUGAUACAGUUUGUCGUAAUGUAACAAGUGCUUGUUCAUGAAAAAUAACAAAUUCCAAAUGUAAAGGUAUACCUUUUGUCUAAUACUGCAUGCAAUAACCAAGACAAACAACUGAUCAUUUUGUACAUACAAUAUUUUGGGUUGGUAUACUUGGCACAGUAGAAGCCUAAUCUGGGAUUAAGUCUUUGUGUAGCUUUAAUAAUACCAGUUACUUUUCGUUAGCAAGUCGACUGCAACUACGGACCUGUCUUCUUUUCUUUCUUUAAAUCACGGACACGGUUUAGUUCUUUGUUAUCACCACAUUUGCAGUCAAUGUACAGCAGCCAUUCUGUGCCCUUUUGUUGAAUCCUGGAGCUUCACGUGCUAAUAUGUAAUAUGUAUGCUAAUUUGUACACAUGAUUCAAACUGGCUGUCUGCCAUUAGCGUGUUUUAAUCCACAGGUUAGGCUUAAUCCUGCCCCUGGGUAUCCAGCCCACAGUCUUUUACAGUGUGCUCUGUCUUUCCUAUCGUCGGUCUGUUUUGAAUGGUUUUUAUAUGUUUCUAUCUAUGAAAACUGUGUCUGUACAACUCUCUCCAGACAUCGGUGGACCGCUUGUUAACGAGAUAGACUCAUUCAAUAUGUACAAUAGAGUAGUGCUUUUUUAAACUAGAAUCAGUUUUAGUGUUCAGACUGUAUUGUUCACGUGGCUUUUUGGUACUUUGGUUGCGAAAGUAUAGAAUCAGAACUCAACAGAAAAGACAUGUUCAUAGAUGAAGGAAUUGCUCUAACCGAUGUCCUGGUAGCACUGGGGGAAUGUUUUUUUGCUUGUUAAUGUCUCCAAAUUUGAGGCUCGAGAACUAAGCUGUUUUAUACAGAUACAUUAAAUGUAAAAUUAUUUAAUAUCUCAGAAGCAGUUUGCUCGACAUGACUCCUCAUGUCUACUCAGACUCAUGCACUAUAUAAAAGCAGGACUUGGUCAUUUAGAAGUUUGGGAGAAUCUAAUAAAAGAUACGAAUCUGUUACAUUAUAGGAAACGUAAGAUCUCAUGUUCUUCUCUGGAUAUUUCCACCUCUGCUGCUCACAUUUUGACCAUUCCGUUUUAAUCUGUCUCUCAUGAGUCCCCCAACGUUAUGGCAUGGCCUUACUAAAUCCCUUUAAAUAUGUUCUGUUCAUUAGACAGGAGGUAGAAACAGAACCAGCCUGGUUCUGCUGCAAUGUAAAUAUCUAAUAAACCUUCUGUUUUAAAUAUGAAUCGUGCAGUUAAAUAGAUUUUUCCCAGGUCGCUGAGGUGACAUGUCUGCUCCUUGAGUUGUGAUUUUAAAUCCAACAGUCAUCAUGUAUCCCAGUUAACGUUGUGCAGUAAAGCUAAGAGCUACCAUUGUGAUCUGAGUAGUUUACCUGAUGUCCUAUUGUGCACAUGUCACAUCUGUAACCUUUGCUGUACUUCUGCUACCGUCCUCACUUGUUUUCUCUAUUUAGACAGGUAGUUGGUUGGACGUUUCUUACAGCAAUCACAGAGUCAAAUGUUUUCACUGUAGAGCAGCCAGCUUUUUGGCAAAAAAGAAAGAAAAAAAACACCAUGUCAGAAUUGUAAUGUGCUGAUGGUUUUCUUUUUUUUUUCAUUUACAGUGAAUUUUUCACCUUUUCGCCGUUUUUUCUGACCUAUUUUUUAUCUGUUGACAGUUUUUACCCCAAGUAAUUGCUUCUCAAGGGCGUGCUUUGCUUUGAACAUGUUUCACUUUGUUCCCGCUUCAAUACAACUCUUACUUCUAUGUAUGUUUUACUGAAUGGUGACAGUGGUCUCCCAGCUCCUGUAUUACGUUGCAGUUGGUUCCGUAGACACAGAUGCUAUAGGAAGAAUACAAUGAUCUAACUGUAUACUCUUAAUAAAUGUUGGAAUGGAAUGUGAAAAUGACUUACUCGAGAUUGCAGGCAAAGAUCUUUUUGUUAGUGACGACCUAAAACAGUUCACAUUGGUGAUAUUCUGUGUCUACAGAACUGACACUUCCAUCUACACUAAGUUAUUCCUACACUCUGUCUGUACAUCUGAAAUGUGUUAAGAACUGAGAGUAUAAACUUUGAUUAAACAUGGUAUGUACUGUAUGUGCGAUCGCCUCUGCAGGCUUGCUUUAGAAAACUAACUUUUCCUUUCGUGGUCCCUCAAUCAUCAGCUUGUGGCUACCAGCUGUGGAGGCAGACCAUUUGUACAAUGUUAAUUUAAAAUCCCAGCUUUUAUUGAGGCUUUGCUUUGGUUUCUCGCUUGAUUUAGAUAGGAUUUAUAUUUUAUACUUGUUUGAGGACAAAACCCAAUAAAUUUUGAUCAAAAGAUUUGUGCAGUUGUGAGCAACAUGUUGCUUGUUUUGCUUUGAAUAAAUGUGAACUGAAGCAGUCUGGACUAAAUACAGAAGCAUAGAGGAACAUACUGGAUCACAUUCAAACUAUGACUCAACAAGCCAGUCAAUCAAUGGAGCUAACUUCUUUUGAGGAGGUCAUCGUCACUGUUGAUGGUAUUAACAGUGUGCUUUACUAACUAAACCAUCAGUGACGCAGUGUCAUUUGUUGAAAAUACAUAGUUGUUGGUAUUCUUAUUUUCUUAGAGUCCAUCAAAAGGCCAUAUUUUGUAACUGAUAAUCAACUGUAUUUUGCAGCAGACCUACAAUAACAGUACUUCACACAGACGCAGGUGGAAUAGAUUUGUAUAUAUUUGCGUUUAACAUAACCAUGUUUCUGUUGAAGCAAAGAUCAAGGAAAUGCUGUGGUAUUUGCAUGUGUUGGAACACUCAUGCAUUGACCGUAGGUGGACCAGAGAGAGCAUUGCAGUCCUAAUGUGUUGACAGAUGUGGAUAUGGAUUUGGAGGUGCUUUGGCUAUGCAAAUAACAGCUGGACUCCGAGUGACAACCAGGAGAGAUGACGUUGCACGGGGUUACUGUAUUUCUAUAAAGGCAGCAGUCAGAAAGAGAGAUAAGUGCAAAUAUAGCUGUGGCUGGAAGAAGGCAUCAUUUGGAAAUCAUCAACCUCUUAUCCUCAACAGGUCACCAGACUAUCGCAGGGCAAAAUACAGACAAGUGAAGAUGCUGUGGAGUCUAACAUUAAUCUCUUUGAUUGGACGUGCACGAUUAAACGGAGAUAUCCAUGAAACAGGUUCCUGCAACGGAAGUGACGUAACUGAACUGAACGUGACAACAUCACAGUCAUCAAACUACACUGGUGUUGGAGGAGUUGUAUACAGUUCUGAAAAAGCUAUUGAGGAUGUGAACAAUUGUUCUCACACCAACAAACAGAUCGACCCCUGGUGGAGAAUUGACCUGCUGGGUGUCUACAGAAUACAUUGUAUCAGUAUCUUCAACACAGAUCAUCAUAACGCUAAUAUAAACGGUGCCAAGAUUUACAUUGGGAACUCAAGAAAGAAGAACAGCACCACCAACCUACGUAAAAACAUCACAGACUUCACACAGAAGAAACAGAAUAACUUCUUUUUUAAUACCAAUGUGUCAGGGCGCUACAUCACUGUGUUCUUCCCGGAAAUGCACUUUUUAAUUCUGUGUGGAAUGAAGAUCUUUGGCACAAAAAAAGAAUCGCCCUUCAUGUUGAUCAGAGAGAAAAAGACGUGGGUAGAAGCGCUGGAACACUGCAGGGACCAAGACAUGCACCUGGCUUCCAUCGUUGACAGAGAGACCCAGACCUGGGCUGAGUUGGAGGCCAGAAAUUCCAACACUCACUUUGUGUGGCUGGGCCUUCGCUACACCUGCAUCCUCGAGUUCUGGUUCUGGGUCGAGGAUCUGCCUGUAAAAUUCAAUCGCUGGGCUCAAAAAGGAAAGAAAGACGACUGUAACAUGAGUGGUGCCAUGGACAGAAAAGAGAAGCAUUUGUGGUACAGCAAAUCUGAUGUCGGAAAAUUUAAUUUCAUAUGUGCAAAGUAAGAGAAAUCUAUGUUUGCUUUUCUCAGCUAUGGGUGUUUUGUGGCAUUGGUGUGUUGUGAAAAAUUCUCAAAUUCCCAGUGCAGCAGCUUUCCACAUAAAAAUGAUGGAAUGAAGCAGAGGGCAUUUCUACUUCCAUCUGCUUUAGCAUGGCUUACAACAAAACCGAUAUUACUUGUUUUUUAGUAACUGUAACAGUUUAUUUAAAGCCACUACAUGGAACACACAUUUUUUGUGUGUGGAUAAAGUGCAAGUUUUUCUUAGCAACAGAGUCCCUUUAGAAAACCCCAUUUUAGUGCAGCAGGGUCAGUCUGCCCCGCUCAGUCCUGGUUCUGGUUCUCCCGUGCCUCCCUUCCCUCCUGCGGACCAGCAAUACGGCCUGGGCCUGUUGGUGUUGGCUCCCAGCGGGGAGCAGCGCAGCAGUGAGGUGAAGCUCGGCUCUUGGCCGGGGAAAGAGCGUUGAGAAUAACUAUAUAGAAAUAUCUUCGACUGAUGGUCUCGUUUACUUAUGAAGGUCAUAUAGAGUCAUCAGUGUUAAAUUAGAUUGUUUCACCUCCAGUUAAACGUUCCUCAUGUUAAAUUGAAUUGAUGUUAGCCUAAAUUUCAGGUUUUGUAUGCACUUAAUUUGUAAAAUGUUUGCAAUGUGUAUUUACAGUAGUGUAAAUGUAUCCUUCAUUUCCAUUUCAUUAUACUGUAAGAUAUUGAUAUUAUAGCAAAAUGUUUUUGAGGUUCGUAGACUUUUGUUCGACUGUGUAAAACCUUUGUUACAACAUCAACGUUUUUUAAAUUCACUUCUUUAAAAUGGCAUUGGGCAUUUUCACGGCCUAUCAUUAUUUAAUUAACUAAUGCUGAUGUGAAAAAAAAAUGCCCAUUCAGAAAUAAUGUUUGAGAUGUCUCUCAAAUAUACAGAAAUUUAAAAAAAUGGAUUUCCAUUUGUAUGAAAUAUAUUUCUUAUUUGGCCACAUGUAUGUUGUAAACCUUUGCUGAUAUAUAACCUUUGCAUUUUCAGCCCUCACUAUGUUGUUUUUAAAUUACAUUUUGUUUGAUUGCCAUUUACUGUAUAUGUUACUUCCGCUGAUUAUAGGAAAUAUAUAGAUGUACGGUUGAUAUUAUAUAUGUGUUCACUUUUUUAGGUUGGACACUAUGAAGAUGCAAACUUGCCUUUCACAAUAUAUGUUUUUCCGGUGUCGGUAUCAGUUUAAAUUAAAGUUCAGAUGUACAGUA